GACUAUUCUGGUGGCGUCAUGCCCGAUGGCGGAAAAAAAAACGGGAGUGAGGUGACUUGGCGCGCAGGGGCAUUCUUGACCGGGCGACGGAACCGAACGGACGUCUGUGAUUAAAAUAGUUGGAAAUACAAAAAGUGUUGAUUUGUUUUUUGAGGUUGUUUACAAGUGGUAGCUUGAAAUAUAAUUUAUCUUCAUCACAACAAGUGUUCAUUAUUUCCGAGGUUGUUUACAAGUCAGCCAGUGGGAUAACGAAAUUCCGUAAGUACUCGCUCACAUGUAUAUUCUGUUAAUAAUGCAUAUUAUAUCAAAUAUGAUAUAAGGAGUCUUUGCUAAAUAAGGUGCUAGAGUAAUUUGGACACGAGUGUAAAGUUAGGUUGGUAUAUUUUACAUAGUUUUGUGUAAAAUAUAUUUGAAUGCAAUAAGUACUCAGAUUUCUAGAACAAACACUUUUAUUUCGAUAAACUACCUGUUCCUGCAUAUUUGUAUUAGUGAUUACGAUCACGUGAUAACCACGUGUUUUAUAAAACACAUGUUUUAUACAACAUCUGAAUUACACCAGCCACCUGAUAUGCGGGUGAUAAAAAAAAAACAGAUAUAGGUGUACCCCAAGGUACUAUACUACCUACAUGAAUGCUGUAACCACUUAAAAAUUUUUUUUUGGAAAACUUAGGAUUUUCUAAAUUUUUGCUUUGUCAAUCAUCGUGCCUAAGGUCAACAGGGGUAUCACAGGGGAGCUAAAAUUUCAUUAGUUUUGCGCUAGGACGCACCGUUUUCGAGAUAUAAGAGAAAAGAGAAAUCUUAAAGUUCUAGUCGCCUAAAAUUACUCCCUACCUCCCUAGUUAAGGUACUAAUGUUACUGUAUGCAACGAGUUUCAGAUAAUGGAUGAAGAAUAUGGGAAACGCCGAAGUUUAGUGACUCCAGAGCGUGAUCGCUCCCGAUCGAGGCGCAGUGGGACGUAUGUACGACGCAGGAGCCGCAGCCGCAGCCACAGCCGCCGCUUGAGGGAGCGAGACCUGGCUCUAAAGAGGGAGCGAGAGCGUAUUCGGCAGAUGGAGGAGGAUCUGCAGAAAGAAAAAGACGCCGAGCGCCGCUCACGGAGGAACGAACGCAAUUCGACGUCAAGACGAAGCCGCGAGCGUCGCAGCCGCAGCCGACCACCGAGAGCCGGGAUCAGCCACGAGCCGCGCAGCCGCAGCCGAGAGCGGGGCCCCAGAGCAACGCGCGAUCGGGCAGGAAGGGAUUCCACGAGCAUCGAUCGACGGCAUAAAAGGUCAUGUAGUCCUUCUUUCUCUUCUAAUGAUAUUGUCAAAAUAAUCAAAUCAAUUAAAUAUGUCUUACCGUCUCAGCCGACAACACAAAGCCAAAUUCCGAUUAACAGAAAUAUCGACUACAAAAACAUUAUUCCAGAAUUUAACCCAUCCGAAAAAAAUCAAAGGAUUGAUGUGUGGUUAAAAAAAGUCAACGAGUGUGCUAAAGUUUACGGCUGGGACGAAAAGACGGUUAUACAUUUUGCUAUGCAGAAACUGACAGGGUUAGCUAAGACUUGGUUUGAGAGCCUUAAUACAAUUUUGUUUUCAUGGGACGAGUGGCAAACUAAAUUGGCUAACGCAUUUCCAUCAGAACAAAACUACGGGCAAUUACUAGAAGACAUGUUGAAACGUAGGAGUAAGUACCAAGAAUCUAUGGAAAAUUACUUUUACGAGAAAUUAGCGUUGCUUAAUCAGUGCGAAAUCACGGGUAGGCGAGCAGUCGACUGCCUUAUUCAUGGUAUCACAGAUAAAACUAUGCGAUCUAGUGCUUUAGCUUUACGGUGUGAGGAACCCGAUCAGCUUCUUAAAUUUCUACUAAGCAAUAAUAAAGAAUCAUUCGUAAAUAUUUCGUUGCCUAAGGAUAGGAGCGUGACUGGGGGUGAUGAGAAGACGUCUAGUAGAGCCAGCACGAAAUUAAAUCCUAACAUAUUUUGUUAUAACUGCAAGGAAAAAGGGCAUAUUUAUUCUCGCUGUCCUAAGCCUUUAGUUAAAUGUAGUACGUGCCAAAAGGUGGGCCAUAAACCAGAGAUGUGUAGGCUAAAGUCAGACUCUGGUUCGACAAAGGCUGACACUGUACCCAGAGUGAUGCGCAUAUACGGAUCUAACCCGUCUGACAAAUUUAGAAAAUCAGUACAAGUUAAUGGUGAGACAGUGGGAGCCUUUGUCGACCUAGGAAGCGAAGUCACUCUUAUACGAGAAUCCAGUUUCUCUCAUCUUGGGCUUUCUCAUGAUUGCAUUCCUAUUACGAUGAUAGGUUUCGGUGAUAAGCUCGUACAGUCUUUAGGAUCGGCGGAGUUGACCAUAACAAUUGAUGGUGUAUCCGCCACCGUUAUGUGUAGGGUAGUUAAUGAUAGUCUGCUUGAAAAGUCGAUGCUCAUAGGUCAGACUUACUCUGAACAACCACAUAUCGUGGUUUACAAAGAUGCAAAUAAGUUGCAAUUUUUACACAUAGGUACAGAGCUUCCUAACUUACAAGAGCGUGCCGAUGGAAAGUUAGAGAGAGUAAGAAUUGUAGCACGUAACAGGAUAUAUGGGGUAGCUAGCGUAAGAGCCGCCACUGGGACAGAGUUUAGUGGUAACGUUGUGUUAAAUACUAAAGUGGUAGGGAAACCUCAAGAUCAGUAUUUGGUUUGUGGCGGGAUUUAUGAGGUGAAGCAGGGUAACCUUUUUGUAAUGGUUAUGCCCUGUGCUGCGUCUUGUUACCUACAAGAAAACUUUGUAUUUGCGCGAGCAGAACGUGUAGAGGCGGUAUAUAGGUUAUCGGAUAUAGGUACCACAGUACGCCAGUACGAAAAUGAAAUAACUGUAGAAGAAACCGCGUCAUCACCGUUUGAUGAAAAACAACUCCAUAUAGGUAAAAAUGUUACCGAAGAUGAUAAAAACAAGCUCGUCAAACUUCUCAGCUGUUACGAAGAUUGCUUUGCUUCUGAUUUAGCUAGUCUAGGUUGCACUAAUACGACCGAAAUGAAUAUAGAGUUAAAUAGUGAGCGACCGGUCGUAUAUAGACCUUACAGACUGUCACAUCAUGAACGUGAGAAGGUCCGUGCGAUGAUAGAUGAUAUGUUACAAGCUGGUAUAAUCAGAGAAUCCGUAUCUAAUUAUGCUAGUCCUAUUAUACUCGUCCGAAAGAAGGAUGGUGGCGUCAGACUUUGCGUCGAUUACAGACUACUCAAUUCGAUAACCGUAAAGGAACGCUACCCAAUACCGGUAAUAGAAGACGAGAUCGCUCGUUUGGCCGGCCAGUCAUGGUUUAUCACGUUGGAUCUGAUGUCCGGGUACUACCAGGUACCAAUCUCGGAAGGUAGUAAGCAUUUGACAGCGUUUGUCACGCCGGAUGGCCAAUACGAAUAUAACCGGAUGCCGUUCGGCCUGGCAAAUGCGCCAGCGGUGUUCCAACGUCGAGUGCUAGAAGACGCGGAAAUGGUUGGCGUGCUUAGCUUGGCCUGA